AUAGCAGCGCUUCGACACGUUCUUGCUCUCGGCAGUUGAGCUGCUGUAGAGGUGGGUGCUGGUGGCUAGCAACGUAGAAGCCUUAUUUGAAUUUCGGUCAUCACUACGAUGGACGAAGAACUGUACAAGGACUUCGAUGGACUGCCAUUGUUAGACUUAUACAACCAGGAAUCGCUCCGCUCGGCAAAAAAUUAUAAACCUCGACGCGGAGACAUUAUUUUGGUUUCAUAUCCCAAGAGUGGCAGCAACUGGACACACUUCAUAAUUUGGAACAUAAUGACAAGAGGCCAGCAACCUAAAGACAUCAUGGAACUGGGGCUGAGGUCUCCAUUUCUUGAAGUAACUGGGGCCGAAGUGGCGGAAGACUCAUGCAGGACAGGCCCCAUAGCAACUCACUUUCCGUACAAAGUCUUUCCACCGGUCGACCAGGCUAAGUACGUGUACGUGGCCCGGAAUCCCUAUGAUUGUGCCGUCUCCAUGCACCACUUCCUGAAAGGCCUGACUCCAAAGACAUACAUGGAUGUUUCUUUCGACAAGUUUCUGCGCCUUUUUCUGUCAGGAAAGGCUUUUUAUGGGGACUACUUCGACCAUGUACUGCCCUGGUACGAACACCGCCACCAGCCCAACAUACUGUUCAUCACCUAUGAACAGCUCCAGGCUGACGCCAAAGGAAUGGUUCUGAAGAUCGCACUUUUCUUGGUCCGGAACAUGCUGCCACUUGUAGGGAUGAUACUGUUGUUCAGAAAAUACUGAGAAACUGCAGUAUGGAGAGCAUGAGGGCUAUUUUAAAAGAGAACGUGAGCGCGCGGUCGAAAAAGAUUGCUGAGAAAGUGUCAGAGAAGUACCUUCAGAGGCUUGACACGACUGAGAAGGCAUCCGAAGGGAAUGCAGAGAUGCACGAAGGUGGUCAAUUUGUUCGGAAAGGAUUAGUGGGUGAGUGGAAAGAAUACUUCACAAUUGAACAGAUAGCUCGCACGAAGAAGUGGAUCUCUGAAAGGACUCAAGGAAGCGAUGUUACGUCGCUCUGGAAUGACCUCCGUCUGCCAUAAGGGAUCACCCAUGAAAAGCAUGGAACGAGGAAAGCCAAUGUAGCAUGAACACAGUAAUUGCCUUACUCAGUGAACACUUCAGGCUGAAUAGGUUGCCUAAACGAGAAGAAAAUAAUGACGGCAUCACUAGAAAAGAAAUUAUUUGAAGGCACAACAUUCUCACGUGAAAAAGAAGAUUACAACUUUGUUUUCAGGAAAGAGGUAGAAAAUAGAUACUCAGAAGCACGUUGGAUGGGGCUCCAAGUGGAGAGUAAUGGUUCAUAGCGCUUUUCGCCACCGAAGUUACAGCCGUAUCGCUCUGAUGCCACCUCGGUAUGCAUGAAAGAACUUUCUUGAUAAUUCCAGUUUAUUUCGUUCUACUCAAACUGCUUGCGCGACCACUUUGUAGAGUAGAAGUUGACAUAUAUUUACCCUACUUACUGAACAAAAAUUUUAGCAUUGCAUUAAACUCACUGAAGCCAUACCCCAGAAGCAAGUUUCUAUUACUUUCGUAUGUAUUACAUUAUAACUUGCGCGAUGCGUUUAAGUAUAUAUACCGCGGUUUCUCAAAUCUCUCACACAUUAUGAAUUGUGCUGUAGUGUGCAGACAAAUAUUAUCAAAAUUAACCAUUCAUAUAUAACUAAUCAAUGAGCGACUCUUAGCAUGCCCUUUCAUGAAAGAAUGAUGUGUACACAUUACAACCAAACUUAUCACCGUUACAAUUCCAAUAAAACUAUUAACCAAUCAA